UUGCCCUUCCUGGUUUCACAACAACAGUGAUGGCGGCCGCUGCACGGUUCUUCUCCCGACGAGCAAACUUCAAACUCUCCCUCUCCGCCGUGGGCAUCGGGGCUCACAGCUCGUUUGGGGCAGCGCUGUUGAAACCGUCACCGAACUGUAACUCCCGCACAAAAACACAACGAAGACAUGCAGCACACUUUACCUUCCAGCCUGACCCCGUCCCGACACAGUACGGUCCUACCCAGAAGAUGAACUUGUUCCAGUCAAUCACAAGUGCCUUGGACAACACGCUGGCUAGUGAUCCUACAGCAGUCAUCUUUGGGGAAGAUGUUGCUUUUGGUGGAGUCUUCCGAUGCACAGUGGGUCUGAGAGACAAAUACGGUAAGGACAGAGUCUUCAACACUCCUCUUUGUGAGCAGGGGAUUGUGGGAUUUGGGAUCGGUGCAGCUGUCGCUGGUGCCACAGCCAUUGCUGAGAUCCAGUUUGCUGACUACAUCUAUCCUGCAUUUGACCAGAUAGUCAAUGAAGCUGCCAAGUACCGCUACCGUUCUGGUAACUUGUUUGACUGCGGAAGCCUCACCAUUCGGGCUCCAUGGGGGUGUGUCGGCCACGGAUCUCUUUACCACUCUCAAAGCCCUGAAGCCUUUUUCGCCCACUGCCCUGGUAUCAAGGUUGUAAUACCUCGUAGUCCAGUGCAGGCCAAAGGGCUGCUCCUCUCCUGUAUCGCUGACAAGAACCCGUGCAUAUUCUUUGAACCCAAGAUUCUGUACAGAGCAGCAGUGGAGCAGGUUCCAGAGGAGCCCUACAUCAUUCCACUAUCACAGGCCGAGAUCCUACAAGAAGGGAGUGACGUCACUCUGGUUGCCUGGGGGACACAGAUCCAUGUGAUGAAGGAGGUGGCCGCCAUGGCUCAAGAAAAACUGGGAGUGUCCUGUGAAGUCAUCGAUCUACAGACCAUCCUGCCUUGGGAUACUGAAACUAUUUGCAAGUCGGUGGUGAAAACUGGUCGUUUGCUCAUCAGUCACGAGGCCCCGAUAACAGGAGGCUUUGCUGCUGAAAUCAGCUCUACAGUACAGGAGGAGUGCUUCCUUAACCUGGAGGCUCCCAUCAGUAGGGUCUGCGGUUACGACACCCCCUUCCCUCACAUCUUUGAGCCCUUCUACAUCCCCGACAAAUGGAAGUGCUUUGAGGCAAUCAAGAAGAUGAUCAACUACUAAAACCAGUACCUACCGAUGCCCUGCCUUCUAACCCCAGCAGCGUCGGUGCCCUGAUGAACUGCGGGACCAUCUCAACAAUCUGCACUCCACAGACAUUUCAUUAAACAUCGCCUCGGGGUUUUCACGUAUGGACUGUUGUCGUAGCUCACAGAGGAGCGUGUGGGACUGAAACUGAUUUGUUUCCAGUCCCCAACGGCAGCCCCAGUGCAGGUGUGUAGUGACCUCAGGCUGACACUGGAAUUUUUCUUAAGACAUAUAUGAAAUAUUUGCCCAAAGUGAUAUGAUUGGCUAAUCUGAUGCUUUUGUGAUAGAAUAGAAGAAAAAAAUGUACAAAAGGUCAAAUAAGUUCAAGAUCUUCAUUUUUUAGAGAAACACUAUAAUUAAAUGUAAAAUUAAGAAUAUUUUAAACAAAAUAAUUUACAACCAUACUAAUAAUGUAAUAAAGGUUUUAUUUUCUGUAGUAGAAGAACUGUCCAAAACUGUAGGAUCUGAAAGGUAUAAUAUAUAACAGUUCUGCAAUUAAAAGUCAAAAACAACUAGACAAAUGUUA